AUGGCUACGGAAUCAAGAAAGCUUUCUUCAGCCCCAUCUCCACCUGACCAGACUCCUGAAGAGGACCUUGUAAUCGUCAAGGUAGAGGAAGAUCAUGAUUGGGACCCAGAAUCUAGCCUGCAUGAAAAUAACCCUCCUGGCCAAGAACUAUUCCGCCUACGCUUCAGACAAUUGUGCUACCAGGAGACUCUAGGACCCCGAGAGGCUCUGAUCCAGCUCCGGGCACUUUGCCAUCAGUGGCUAAGGCCAGAUUUGAAUACCAAGGAGCAGAUUCUGGAGCUGCUGGUGCUGGAGCAGUUCCUGACUAUCCUGCCUGAGGAGCUGCAGACUCUAGUUAAGGAACAUCAGUUAGAAAAUGGAGAAGAAGUGGUGACCUUAUUGGAGGAUUUGGAAAGACAGAUUGAUAUACUAGGACGGCCAGUCCCAGCUCGUGCACAUGGACAUAGGGUACUCUGGGAGGAAGUGGUUCCUUCAGAAUCUGCACCAGAACCUCCAAGUACUCAGCUCCAACCUGUGAUAACCCAGCGUAAAUCACAGGACAGAGCCCUGUCUGCUUCCCAGAAUCCUACCUCUUCCCAAAAAGGAAGUCCCAGAGACAAGGAGGUAACAGCUACACUUCUCACAGCAGGGUUCCAGACUUUGGAGAAGAUUGAAGAUAUGGCUGUGUCCCUUAUUCGAGAGGAGUGGCUUCUUGAUCCAUCACAGAAGGAUCUGAGUAGAGAUAAUAGGCCCGAGAAUUACAGAAAUAUGUUCUCCCUGGGUGUUGAGACCAGGAAUGAGAACAAGGAAUUAGCUUCAAAACAGGUAAUAUCUACUGGAGUACAACCACAUGGAGAGACAGCUGCCAAAUACAACGGGGAUGUUAUCAGGGGUCUUGAGCAUGGAGAAACCCAAGACCUAGGCAAAUUAGAGAGGCAGCAGGGAAAUCCCACGCAAGAGAGACGACAUAAGUGUGAUGAAUGUGGGAAGAGCUUUGCUCAGAGCUCAGGCCUUGUUCGCCACUGGAGAAUCCACACUGGGGAGAAACCCUAUCAGUGUAACGUGUGUGGUAAAGCCUUCAGUUAUAGGUCCGCCCUUCUUUCCCAUCAGGAUAUCCACAACAAAGUAAAACGUUAUCACUGUAAGGAGUGUGGUAAAGCCUUCAGUCAAAACACAGGACUGAUCCUGCACCAGAGAAUCCACACUGGGGAGAAGCCAUAUCAGUGUAAUCAGUGUGGGAAGGCUUUCAGUCAGAGUGCAGGCCUUAUUCUACAUCAAAGAAUCCACAGUGGGGAGAGACCCUAUGAAUGUAAUGAAUGUGGGAAAGCUUUCAGUCAUAGCUCACACCUCAUUGGACAUCAGAGAAUCCACACUGGGGAGAAGCCCUAUGAGUGUGAUGAGUGUGGGAAAACCUUCAGGCGGAGCUCACAUCUUAUUGGCCAUCAGAGAAGCCACACUGGGGAGAAGCCCUACAAAUGCAGUGAGUGUGGGAGGGCCUUCAGUCAAAAGUCAGGCCUUAUUGAACAUCAGAGAAUCCACACUGGAGAAAGACCCUAUAAAUGUAAAGAAUGUGGGAAAGCUUUUAAUGGGAACACUGGCCUCAUUCAACAUCUGAGAAUCCACACAGGGGAGAAGCCCUACCAAUGCAGUGAGUGUGGGAAAGCCUUUAUUCAGAGGUCAAGUCUCAUACGACAUCAGAGAAUCCAUAGUGGAGAAAAAUCUGAAUCCUUAGGAGUUUAGGAAAAGCUUCGGUCACAGUUUGAACAUUUUUCAACAUUAGACAAACCACACACUGGUGGAGAGGUCUUUCAUUUAGUAAAAAAGGCAGAAAGUUCAUCAUCAUCAUUUAGUAGCAGAAUUUAUAGUGAUGUCAAAGAUAGAAUAGCUCUUCAGUAGUUUGGGCCCAGUGCCUUGACACCCAGGUUGAUUACCUUGAUUGUCUUUGGUGAUAUCUAAUGGAGUAGAGCUCCCAACAGCCUAAUACUAUCUUAGAAAUUAAAAUAGCAUUAGAGCAAUUUAUUUGUCAUGGCUUGAGGCACUAAACUUUGUCUUUUGGGUGAGUAACUAUAGUUUUGAGAGAGGCUGCUACUCCUAAUUCCUCUGCUUCCCAUGGCCUGUGAUCCCCUUCUCUCAUUUAUUCCCCUCAAGGUGCCCUUGUACUGCUAAUCUGAUCCAAGAAGCUGCUGCAUCAUCUAAAACAGCCUCUUUGUGAGAUUUAUAUUUAUAUUUAGCUUUCUAAGAUCCUAGUUCUAGGGAAAUUUUACAGACACUUAAUGUGUUUCUUUUUUUUAUUCUAAUGUUCCUUCUAGUUGAUGAAAAUCUAUAUUCCCAUGCAAACUCAAAAUGCUAUAUUUUUAACAGCACUCCAGCAUUUUUCUUCAUUUAUCACCUUUACUGACUCCACUAAAUCACUGAGCAUCUGUACGUAUCCUUCACCACCCCCAGUCCCAGUACCUGUGUCAGCAAAGGAAGUGGACGCAUUAGAUGGUUGUGAGAGUGAUGCAGAGAAAGAGGUGAGUGGAGGCUCAGCCUGGCUUUUCUUGAGCUUGGAUAGUUACACCUUGGUGACUUCUGAUUCUCCUUCCACCUCCCCACUCUACCCUGAUACAAAAAGUAUUUGCACUCUCUUAGUUAUGACAUCACAUAGGAUAAAGAGGAGACAGUUGAUGCUUGAAGAAAGAAUCCUUAAAAAGAAUAGGCAUCAUCCCUUCUGGCCCAUUACAGUGCCACUCUCUUAGGUUCCUAUUAAUCUUCACCAACUCCCUGAAUAGAUUGUCUGUCAUUCUUAUCAUUACUCUGGACCUACCUCCUUAUACAACCUCGGCACCUCAUUUAUCAUUUCUCAUCUGUUAAUUCCCAUUUGUUUGUAUAACUUAUAUAUCCACAAUGGUAAUUUGUUAAAUACCUUACCUCACAAUUCCUCGUUCUGCUGAGUUCUGAUGUUGUCCAUCAGUAAUCGUGUCUGUAAUCUACCAAUAAAGACACUAUUAAAUUUAUCAUCA